GAGGCCAGCAUCGACUAUGCUCUAGUGGGUGAGGGAGUGGGUGGUGCUGGGUCCGCGAGGGGGGUGGGAGCGACCAGCUGUCCUGAUAAAAUCGAGACUGUCCCGAUAUUUAACCCUUUGUCCCGAUGAGUGUAUGAUCAGGACCCCAAUUGUCCUGAUAUUCAGGAGAGGAAAGAUGAUCCAGGGGUUAGUAUGCUGGUCUGGGAUUUGGGAGAUGUGGAUUCAACUCCCUGCUCUGCCACAGAUUUCUUGUGUGACCUUGGGAUAAAUGGGUGUGCAUGACCUUUCCCUGAACUAAAGCAGUUCCAUGUCUUGUUUGGAUUGUUCCUGUAUUCUGCGGACAACAGUUGAAUCAAUCAGACAAGAAAAGCAAUCAGAAAAUAGUAUCCAUCAGUACUUGGCAGAUGAACCUGAGUUAUCCUGGAUUCAUCCAUAUGGAAGAGAUGAAAUGGUACUUUGUUCUUCUGACGUCUCCCAUUAUGAACUCCAGGUGGAAAUAGGAAGAGGAUUCAACAAUUUAACUUCAAUCUACCUUGCCCGACACACACCUACAGGAACGCUUGUGGCUGUAAGGAUCACAGACUUAGAAAGCUGCUCUGAAGAACAUUUGAAAGCUUUGCAGAAUGAGGUGGUGCUAUCCCACUUUUUCCAGCACCCCAACAUACUGACACUUUGGACAGUGUUUACUACUGGCAGCUGGCUUUGGGUCAUCUCUCCGUUCAUGGCUUACAAUUCAGCUAGUCACCUGCUGAGGACCUACUUCCCUGAAGGAAUGAGUGAAGCUUUGAUAGGAAACAUUCUGUUUGGUGCAGUUAGAGGGUUAAAUUAUAUGCACCAAAAUGGCUACAUUCACAGGAAUAUGAAAGCUAGCCACAUUCUGAUUUCAGGAGAUGGUCUGGUUUCUCUGUCUGGCUUAAAUCAUAUCUACAGUUUAGUUAACAAUGGACAGAGGUCAAAGGUUGUGUAUGAUUUUCCCCAUUUUAGUACUUCAGUACUUCCUUGGCUGAGUCCUGAGCUACUGAGACAGGAUUUGUAUGGGUAUAAUGUGAAGUCUGACAUUUACAGUGUGGGGAUAACAGCAUGUGAAUUAGCCAAUGGAUAUGUACCAUUUCAGGAUAUACCUUGUGCAAAGAUGCUGCUGCAUAAGCUGAAAGGUCCCACUUAUUGUCCCUGGGAUAUACAUACCUUCCCACAUGUGGAAUCCAGAAUGAAGAAUUCCCAAUCAGGUGUGGAUUCUGGAAUUGGUGAAAGCAUGACGCACACAAUGACUAGUGAGAGAUUGCAAACUCCCUCCUCAAAAACAUUUUCCCCUGCUUUUCACAACUUGGUAGAACUCUGUUUGCAACAGGACCCUGAGAAAAGGCCAUCAGCAAGCAGUUUGUUGUCACACACUUUCUUCAAACAGGUAAAAGAACAAACAAGGAGUUCCUUACUUUCACUGUUGCCACCUCCCAUCCAACACAAUAGACCACAAUUCUUGCCGCUGCCCUCAAGAGCAAGCAGGCCUGAGCUUGGGUGUUUGUGCCCAAAUCAAAGAGACAUAGAGUGGGACUUUUAAACAAUGACAAACCAUCAUACCUCCCCCCUGCUUCAAAGAAGGAAAAUGUGAUUUCUACUUGCUGCUUUUCUCUGUAUUGGUUUAAAUACAAAUACAAGAGCUAUACUUGAACAUCUGUGGUGUGUACAUGAUUUAAAGCUGGCACUGUAAAAAUGCAGUAGGCCUCACUUUCCUAACCCCAGGGAAAAAGUUAAUCUUAAGAAUAUUGAUGCUUGUUAUCCUUCUCUUCUCCCCACCCCUUUGGACUUACAUCCCUUGGCAGAAGGCUCCUUCUAUAGCAGGGGUCGGCAGCCUUUCAGAAGUGGUGUGCUGAGUCUUCAUUUAUUCACUCUAAUUUAAGGUUUCG